CAAAUGAUAGGAAGGUUGCAAACACAGAGGGCAAAAUUUAAAAAAAUAUGGACCAAAAUGCCAUAAUGUCUGCAAUAGACAAUAACAAAGCAUGCAAAUCAAAAGCACAGACAGAAAGCAGGUAGACAUCAAACACACACAAACACAUCAAAGUCAAAAAGUCUGGGCCAGGGAUCAAGUUUCAGACAUGUCUGGCUUGAAAUGAACAAAGUAACAAAUGCUGUUAUAUUUGCAGCUUAUAAAUACUUCCACUGCAGCGCAGUUUUAAAAAGAGACGCGCCAAGGAGAGGUCACACCUGAGAAGCAUCACUUAAUUAUUAGUAGGUCGUAAUAGGAUAAUGGCUAGCCCCUCGAAACAACCUAGAAAGGAUGACGAUAGCAUAGUGGGAUAUUUGCACUGUGUGUCACCGGUGAAAACUUCGAGGCGGAAUCUCCGCUACUUCGAGGCGACCCUACAGACCGGCCGAGAGGAAUACCACAGAGUGGUAGCAUUUUCGGUAGACAAGAGGAUCCCGUUUACGCAAGCUUCGCAAAACAACAGCCCAGUGAAGCUGGCGAACGUCAGGAGAGGCCUCAGUUACUCCGAUCCCAGUGGCUUCGACGUUCUCUGUUCAAAUAGCACCACUGUGGAGGUGGUGGAGGACGUGGCUUUCUUCCCGAGAGAGCCUCGAAGCAUGGGACAGAUGACCAUCGAGGAGGUGCUGCGCCUUGGACCAAGACAGCGCGUGGGUGUGGUGGAUGCCAAGAUCCUGCCAGAGGGUACUGUGAGCAGAGUGGUACCUGUUGACGGGGUCCAGUGCGAGUUGAAGGAGCUUCAGAUCUGCGAUCCCACUGGCCAGACAACUCUCACACUCUGGGAGAAACUGAUUCUGACUGUCGAAGUAGGCAAGUCGUACAAGCUGGCCAACUUGUCCACCAGGAAAGCCGGUGACCGUACGGUUCUACCACUCAAACGACUACCACUCAAACGACAACGAUGCCAGCGCUGCAAGCUCUUACAAAAAGCCAGCUCCUUCGUGGCUUCCUACAGCGGAGUCUUGCUGCUGAUGACCAGCGAUGGCCAAGAGCAGUCGCCGAUGUUCACAAACUCUGCUCUUUCUGCCUACUUGAAAGAGAAGGACAUUGGCGAUUCCAUGGGGGACUUGCAGGUCAUCGAAGAGCAUUUCCUCAGUGUUGGUGACGUUGAGUUGUCUGUCAACGCAGAGGGGCUGAUCGUUUCUGUAAAAGAUAUCGUAAGCGAAAAGGGUAGUCCAGAGUGUGAAGCAACAGGCUUUGCAGAGGGGAUGGAUGAGUUAUUUUUAAAGGAUGAUAAGUUAAAUGCCUGA